UGACUGGGACGCCCUCAUGUGCGAGGAGGCAUGCACGACGAGCGACGGGAAAUUUGGGUGCAGCUACAUCCCGCAGACUUGCCAGGACAGCACCGAUCCGGUGUGCGCUGCGUCGGCGACGUCCAACCCGGACGUCACUUGCUGGUGAGUUUGCGCCUGGCCACGAAAUUUCUUAUGAGGAUCAUGUGUUCAUGCUGAACGCUGGCAGUGUAAGCGACUAUCCCUUCUGCGUCACUGGCUUUCUCACCUCGGGUACCGACACCCUCACGGCUUUCCGCUGCGGGAGGGGCGAGCUGUCCGGCGAGGCGUCGCUCUACCUCUCGCCCGAUAUCACCAGCACGCUCACGCGCACGACGACAGUGACGACGGAGGAGGACGACAAGAUCAAGACCGUCACCAAGGUCAUCACCGAGAACACAGCGACGGCGACUCCCAACGACGAGAACAGCGUGGAUGGAGGCGAUGCCAGCAACCCAGGCUCUGACGGAGAUACCUCGAACAAGGAUAAGGGGGGCAGCGACAGCAACAAUGACGCCAGCAAAGACAACAAUGGUGGGAACUCGGGCGGCGGAGGGAGCACGCCCAUAGGGGCCAUUGUGGGUGGUACCAUAGGCGGUGUCGCCCUCCUCCUCCUCAUCGCCUUUGCCAUCUGGUUCAUCCGCUUCCAGAAGAAAAAGUCGGCCGGAUCCGCUGCUGAAUCCACGCCCGGCAUGGAACCCUACCGCCAAUCCGAGUACGCGGGUGACCAGCCGGGCUAUGCUGGGUCGCCGCCUCAGGGGUAUCAGAGCGGUUACUAUGCACCGUCGACACAGAGCUAUGAGCCGCAGGGGUACGCAGGGGCGCCUGCGGGAUAUGCCUCGACGACUACGGGAUCCAGUCCGCCGCCUGGCCAGCCGAUGAUGACACAGAUGGCCCCGGUGGAAAUGCCGGGGUAUUCUGGGUAUGGGGUUCCUCAGGAGCUUCCUUCACACGGGAGAUGAAUUUCGGGUUACCACACGUAGAUAUCAGGCGGGUUCAUGGACAAGGGCUUAGCAUUAAUUUUUGGCUAGAAUAGAAGCACUUUUACUUUGGACACACUACCUCAAUAAACCGCUGCAGAGUAGUGUCUUCGCGUGAGAAG